UAAUGCUGAAAGAGCAGAGCUUUUUUUUCUCUUGAAUCCUAUUCGACUGUUGACGAUAAAUUCAUUUUUAAUACGGAAUUUCGUCGCCGUGUUCUUUCUUCCGUUCCCAAGAGUAGAUCUCGUGGGUCUGUCUCUCUCCUACUGCAAUCCACUGCAUGUGUUGAGGACCCGAGAGAAAUCCCUUUUUUUUUUUUCUGUUUUUUACUAACAAACGAAGAUAUUCGAAGAUAAUGCAAGGAUCCGUAGCUGAACCAGACGAAGACGAUGAACAAGUAAAGCGUGAGGUCCUCAAUAAUGGCGGAUUCUAAGCUUACUACCAAAGCUACCGCUCGCUUAUCUCUACCCUUGUUUGUGUUGUUUACAGUUUUAACUGUAGCAGCAGAGGCGGCACUAGUAACAGAGGUUAAGAAACAAGACGAUGACCAGCCUUUUGUGGGAGUUAACAUCGGUACCGACGUUUCCAACCUCUUAUCUCCGACGGCCCUGGUUUCGUUCCUACAGUUACAGAAGAUCACCCACAUCCGCCUCUAUGAUGCUGACACUGACAUUCUUCGAGCUCUCGCUCACACCAAGAUCCGUGUCGUCGUUGGUGUGCCCAACAAUCAGCUCCUCGCCAUCGGCUCAUCGAAUGCCACCGCUGCCGCCUGGAUCGAUCGCAAUGUCGUCGCAUUCUACCCCGAAACUCUUAUAACCGGCAUCGUGGUAGGUGACGAGGUCUUCACCACCGUUCCCUCGUCGUCUCCUAUUCUUCUCCCUGCAAUUCAGUCGCUCUACAGUGCUCUGGUCGCCUCAAAUCUACAUACCCAGAUCAAAAUUUCGACGCCCCAUUCGGCUUCCAUAAUUCUCGACCCGUUUCCCCCAUCGCAGGCCUUCUUUAACCAAUCGCUCGUCCCAAUCGUCCUUCCCCUGCUCCAAUUCUUAUCCAAAACAGGGUCUCCUCUCAUGAUGAACCUCUAUCCUUACUACGUGUUCAUGCAGAACAAAGGGGUCGUCCCUCUGGACAAUUGUCUCUUCAAACCAUUGACCCCUUCGAAGGAAAUGGUCGAUCCUAAUACCUUGCUUCACUACACCAAUGUACUGGACGCCAUGAUCGACGCCGCAUACUUCUCCAUGAAGAAUCUCAACAUUACAGACGUUGUGGUUCACGUGACAGAGUCAGGAUGGCCAUCGAAAGGGGACUCCAAGGAGCCAUACGCCACAAUGGACAACGCGGACACAUACAACUCGAAUCUAAUUAAGCAUGUUUUCGACCGGAGCGGAACCCCGUUGCAUCCGGAAUUCACUUCCAGUGUUUAUAUCUACGAGCUGUUUAACGAGGAUUUGAGGUCGCCGCCCGUGUCGGAGGCGAAUUGGGGGCUAUUCUACGGGAACUCGACGCCGGUAUACCUGCUACACGUGUCGGGAAGUGGAACAUUCAUGGCGACCGAUACAACGAAUCAGACGUACUGCGUGGCGAUGGACGGAGUGGAUCCUAGGACGUUGCAGGCGGCGCUAGAUUGGGCAUGUGGACCGGGACGGGCAAAUUGCUCGGAGAUUCAGCCGGGUGAGAGCUGUUACCACCCCAACAAUGUGAAGAACCAUGCUUCCUAUGCGUUCGAUAGCUAUUACCAGAAAGAAGGCGAAACUGCUGGGUCCUGUGACUUCAAGGGUGCCGCCAUGAUCACUACCACAGACCCAAGUCACGGGAGUUGUAUUUUUCCUGGAAGCAAGAAGGUAAGCAACAAGACAGAGACGGGAGGGUCCAGCUCCAGCAACGUGACGGACACAAGUGGAGCAGCUGCGGACAGACUCUGGUUCUGGAGAGGGACGAGAAGGCCGGAGGUUUCACACACUCUUCUGGUUUUGUUGUUAACUUGGCUAGUGUUUGCCAUAUUUGACGCCACAAUGAGGUAAAAGAAAAUAAAGGGAGAGCGGAAAUGUUGUUUUGGUGAAUGAUGGUGAAGAGGAGACACCUGCAUCAGCACAGCAGCUUCCUCGCUUUUCUCUGCAAGGAAAGAAUGAUGGGAUUCAUUGAUAUUUUUGGUCCCUGUUAGAGUAAAAGCCGGGUGGGGGGAGGGAGUAACGUAACUCUUUUGUUUUUUUCACCGAAGAAGAAGUGAAAAGAAACUAGAAAUUCUUUUGACCCUUGUUUCGGGGGGCAACUGUAUGUAUAAAAAAGUUGCUUUUCUUAUUAUUAAGAAACUGGUGAGACCAAUUAGACACUUGAGGUUGUUUUUAAUAUCUUUAGGUUAUUUUUCUACAGGUGGAAACCAUUUGUUUUGAUCCCAAUAACUCUAUUCAUUCUUCUCCUUUUUGGGUUUGUCUCAACUUUACCUGAUCCAUCCAUGUGUUAUAUCGUAAUUGUCUACAAUGGUGUUGUGCUUCUAUUAUCAAAGUUUGUAGAAAGCAGAUUUGUAUUUGGACGGACUCUUAUGAGUCCACGCUAAUGACUAAUGCAUUUGGACUCUUAUAAGUCCACCAGUUUAA